CAGAAAGUCGGAGGGCAGCACAAACCUAGCAGGCGUCCAGGUCCAAGUCCGAGCAGCACCGACCGAGCACCUUCUCAAACCCCUCAACCCUCGCCGCCGCCGCGCCGGCCGCUCAGCCCCCGCCGCCGACGCCAUGGGCAAGUUCCGCAAGCUCGGGCGCCACGCCGCGCACCGCGUGUCCAUGCUCAGGACGAUGGUGUCGCAGCUGGUGAAGCACGAGCGCAUCGAGACCACCGUCGCCAAGGCGAAGGAGGUGCGGCGCAAGGCGGAUCAGAUGGUGCAGCUCGGCAAAGAUGGUACACUGGAUGCAGCAAGACGUGCUUCUGCUUUUGUUCGUGGAGAUGAUGUUGUCCAUAAGCUAUUCACAGAGCUGGCCUACCGCUAUAAAGAUCGAGCAGGCGGAUAUACAAGACUUUUGCGAACUAGGAUACGAAUAGGUGAUGCUGCACCAAUGGCAUACAUUGAGUUUGUUGACAGAGAGAACGAACUCCGAGAGGCCAAACCUGCAACGCCACCACCGCCUCAGCGGGUUCCACUUGAUCCAUGGGCCAAAUCUCGUGCUAGCCAGCAAUGGGCGGGACCGAAAGUUACCGUGAACCCCAAAUCAGAAGGCUUAUGAGAGCACCAUCUGCACUAUGUUUCUUACUGGUGAAUGAGAGUAUCCAUUUUGUUUGUGUAACUCAGACCAAGCACGAGGCUUAUCAUGCAGGAGGAUUUUUGCCAGCGUAUAAUUGUCAAUAGAAAUAAUUCAACUUA